AUGCUCGCCUGUGACGAUGAUCAGCCGUUGGGUCCGUAUUUGUCUAUCUCAAUCUAUACCACCGUUGGCGGGGUGAUGUGCCCGGAUGUUGACUUCAACUUUGCUUACGGAGCCGACGGAAGGCUAUGGCAUGCGGUACUGGGCCUCAGAAUGGACGCCGGAAUAGCACCCCAGCUACGCAUCAUCGAAAAACUGCUGAGCCAUUUCCGCUGCGCUGAGCUGACCCUCGAAGUCGGACUACAAGUGCAGGUGUACCGCAUCGAUUUGUCAUUCCACGAUCGCUGGCCCGGGACCGAUGGUUUAAGACGCCGUCCGGCCUACGGCUCGACGUUUGCCAAUUUGGUUGUGGCCCAGAACUAUGCGUCGCGGCAUCAGGUCUACGCCCAGCUACGACAAAUCGAUCGGAGGAGAGUUCCACUGGUCGCUGACAAUUUUCGACGCGUUUGGCCACGAGACACCACUGAUAACACAGAAGACCCGCUUCCCCAA